GUCACUUUAGAGAAAAAAAUAAUCACAUUCAAUUCAGAGACCUCCAAGGUCUUGAUUCUUUAGUUUGCAGAUUGAACUCUUAGAGGAUGUUCCCUGCUGAUAUCAAUGUUCACCCAAGUUUGAACGGCCUAAAUUAACCCUAACCAGAUCAGUUUUAGUCUGGGCUGCAAACGUAUCUUUGGGCAUCAAAGCUACAUUUGGGAAUUGUUUCCCARAGUUUGGCACCCAACCUGUAGUGUUCUGUGUUCCUUGCCAGAACCAGGUAGCAGUCCCUCUGAGGAACAGUGCCAAUGUAGGAGAUCAUGCCGAGUGUGUGUAAAUGCAACUGUAUUUUGUUUGUACUGUGCAUCCAAUAGCUGAGGAGAAUAGAUUCAACAGAUCUCAACAGGUCAGCAUUGUGGAUGCCUUUGGAGACCCUAACUUCUGAAUGUGUGAGCUUCUCCUAAGAUCAGAAGAGCCAUGGGGAAAGACAAGAAAGAAGAGGAGCCUGUAUUUCUGAGGAAAAAGAUUACCUUGCUGAGGGCUUUCUCACUUCUUAUUGGCAGCAUGGUUGGCAGUGGCAUCUUUAUCUCCCCCAAAGGCGUACUGAAAAAUUCUGGCAAUGUGGGCUUCUCCUUGGUUGUUUGGUUUGCCUGUGGGCUUCUCUCCAUGUUCGGUGCCUUGAGUUAUGCAGAGCUUGGAACGAGAAUCACCAAGUCUGGAGGACAUUAUAUUUAUAUACUGGAGACUCUAGGGCCUCUGCCAAGUUUCUUAUUUUUGUGGGCAGAGUUUUUUGCUAUCAGGCCUGCCAACAGUGCUGUGGUGUCCUUGGCGUUUGGGCGUUACUUGCUGGAGCCCUUUUUUGCCCCCUGCGUGGCUCCUCUGCCUGCUGUGAAGCUUGUGUCUCUCCUAGGAUACUACAUGGUUCUCACCCUGAACUCCUGGAGCGUCACCUGGAGCGCCCGGGUGCAGACAGCUCUCUCCAUCGUCAAACUCAUGGCCCUUGGGCUCAUCAUCGUGCCGGGGAUGACACUUCUGGCCCAAGGCCACACCGAAAACUUCCAGGAUGCUUUUGACAGACAGUCGCUGGUUUUGGAUAAGCUGCCCUUGGCUUUUUACGCAGGGAUGUUUGCAUAUUCAGGCUGGUUUCAGACUAGCUUUGUGCGUGAAGAAUUGAUCAGACCUGAAAGAAACAUCCCACUGGCUGUGAUUGUGUCUGUGAUCACUGUAAUUGUGGGAUAUAUGCUCACCAAUGUUUCCUAUUACACAGUCCUAGGGGCACAGGAUGUUUUGGCUUCUCCAGCUGUUGCUGUGAGUUUUGUGCAGCGAGCCUUCAAAAGUCUUAUCUCGGUGCUCCCCGUCCUUGUUGCGCUGUCCUGCUUUGGAACGAUGAAUGGAGGAAUCUUUACAUUUUCAAGGACCCUUUUUGUGGCCUCAAGAGAAGGACAGUGGCCUCCUCUCUUCUCUAUGAUCCAUAUUCGAAGGCAUACACCUCUUCCUGCUGUCAUGCUAAUGUUCCCUUUGGUUACUGCCAUGGUGUGUAUCGGAGAUAUCUACCAUCUAUUGAACUUCUUCAGCUUUUCCCGAUGGCUCUUCAUAGGAUUAGCCACCCUUGGGCUCAUUGUCCAUCGCUGCCGCCACCCAGAGCUGCAGAGCCCAUUCAAGGUUCCCCUGUUCAUUCCUGUCUCCUUUACCAUCAUCUGCCUCUUCACAGUGGGAAUGUCUUUCUACUCAGACCCUGUAAACAUUAGCAUUGGAUGCACCAUGGUUCUAAGUGGUUUUCCAGUCUACUACCUCGUAGUCCGCAGGCAAAUGUCGGAUCGCUGCCGAAGCCUCUUUUAUUAUCUCACGCACAAACUGCAGUUAUUACUGGAAGUAGUCCAGCAAGAAAUCAAGACUUAUUGAAGAAACCAUCACAGCUUAAAGAAGAUAAAAUCUACUUAUUCCAAUUCUGAUACCUUUGAUCCUACCAAAAGCAGGUCAUGCUCUCAGUCUUUUAAUCACUGCAAAUAAAGAAGAGCCUCAGCCAAAACUUUGCUGGAAGUGUUCCCAAGCUUGCCUUUUGGGAUCUGGAGGAGUGUGCUGCAUCUGCUUUUAUACACAUAUAUAUUUUUAGCAGAUCAAUCUAGUGCGUUGAAAUAAGCUUUCUUUACCUCAAGAGAGUAUUUAAAACCAAGAUCCUAACUUUGCAGCUUACAUCAUUUACUGAGGACUGGGCUAUUAUUUUUAAAUUUCCUAACCUGGCAAAUAGGGGAAGCCUAUUCCAGAAUUUAAGGAGGUGAAACACAUGAAAGCCAAAUACAGCCUUCAAGAAGAAACGUUGUAGUAGUCAUUUGAACUGGUGCUGUGCACAAGCAUUAUAAAGGCAAGUCA